AUGAAUUUCAACAAGCUACAGAUCCUUGUGAAGUUUAUAGAAGACAAAAAAUAUGACGUACUAAGAUUGAAAAAGUCCGUACAAAUGGAGGAGGGUACAGAUAUUUCUGCCUGGGAUCAGAACACAAUCGUAGAUGUUCUAUGGAAUGGUGUUACAUACGCUGGAAAUAUCAUCCAAUUUGGAGAAAAUAAAAAAGAAAUGGAUGUGUUGAUUGAUCAACUUGCAGAUGGUCGAAUAACUCUGAAAGACAUCCCAAUGAUACAAAAACCAUCUAGCCAAGCUGCAGAUGCAGACACUUCCACAGUCAAGAAACAGAAAAUGGACUUCCUUAAGGAUUUGAAAGAAAAGGUCCGAGCAGUAGAAAACGCACCAAAGAAGUCGUGUACUUAUUGUAUCUCCUUAAAGAAGGAAAUAUGCACUCUGAAGGAAGAAAAAAAAAACCAGCAAUCAGUAUUAUAUGAAAAAAUACAAAAAAUCGAGUAUUUAGAGAGCAAAGUUGCCAAGUUGAAACAAAAGAACCAAAAUUUAAAACAGAAAAAUCAAUCAUCUGAUGUAGUUGAUGUGGAACAAACUUCAAUAGGGUCCUCAUUAAAGGUGCCCACUGAUAAAUUGAACAUGUGCCGCACAACAGGGUACACAAAAUUUACUGGGGACCUACUUGAAGUUGUGUUUGGGAGAAAAGUCCUCUCCCACAGUGUUGUGAAGGGAAUCAAGGGUCAUUCAAAAAAAAACAAAUGUACUGGACCCAGAAAUGUUAAAAGACAUACAGUUGUAUGUGGGAACAAGAUUUAACGUCGACCAAGCUAUAGUUCGCGCUGCGAUACGCAGAAAGUUGAACAUUGUCAAUGGACAAAAACAAGAGUGAUUGGGUUUUUCUUUUUUUCAAUUUUUUUGUUUAAUUUGUAUUAAUGACUUGUAAAAUAGUGCCACAAUUUUCAAUAAAAUGUUUUUUUUUUUAUUCUUUGCCAUUU